AUGUCUGCCGACAAGGAGAAAUCCAAGGUUCACAAGUUGUCACUGAAGGGGUCGUCGAAGCUGGUUGCUGAAUUUUUUGAAUACUCCAUCAACUCAAUUCUCUAUCAACGAGGGGUAUAUCCAGCGGAAGAUUUCUCCCCUGUCAAGAAAUAUGGCCUCAACAUGCUUGUCUCAUCCGACGACCAGGUCAGAGCGUAUAUCAAAAAGAUCAUGUCCCAGUUGAACAAAUGGAUGAUUGGCGGCAAAAUAUCGAAAUUGGUCGUGGUAAUAACCAGCAAAGAAACAGGCGAACACGUGGAGCGAUGGCAAUUUGACGUCCAGAUAUUCUCCAAGCAAACAUCCUCAUCACGCAAACCAACAAGCAGCACUGCUGACAAGGAAAACUCCACGACAGCCGCAACAACGACAACAGCAGCAGGUGGAAACGCAGAGGAGAUCGUGCAGGAGAAAACAGAAGCACAAAUCCAGCAGGAGAUCCAGGCUAUAUUCAGACAAAUCACUGCCUCGGUGACGUUCUUGCCUGUUCUCGACGGCAAUUGCACAUUCAAUGUUCUUGUCUACGCCGAUGCAGACUCGGAUGUGCCAGUUGAAUGGGGGGACAGUGAUGCCAAGGAGAUUACGAAUGGAGAAAAAGUGCAGCUGCGGAGCUUCAGCACGAAUAAUCAUCGCGUUGAUACGUUGGUUAGUUAUAGGCUUGCUGAUUGA